AUGGUAAAUUGCAUCAUUGGACCCGUAAAUGUCUCCGUUGUUGGGAUACCUUAUAGCGUUCUAUGCCAGAAGAAACAGUACUUCAGAUACGUCUUGCUACAACAAGCAAGGGGCAACGAAAUGUUGGGCCCGCUGACCAUCACUGAGAUUGAAAUUUUUGGAAAGGACCAAACGCCACGCUACAAAGACCACGCCACAUCCCCCACACACCACACAGAAUUUGACGACCUUCACCUCUAUUACGUCGGCUGUUUCAUAUUUUUCGCCUCAAUGACCUAUGCGAAAGUGACAAAGUUGCAAGAGUGCAAAGCUCUGUGCACCAGCAUCGCCGCCAUCUUUAUGGCCGUUAAACGUGGCUUCCAGUGCCACUGUGGUAGCAAUUUGGACCACAAGGUCGAUUCAUUGUACUGCAGCAUUAGGUGCUCCGACUCGGAGGAUUUUUGUGGAGGACCUGAUCAUUUUUCAGUGUACAGUGACCCCAUAUACGCUACUGCCCUUCUGAGUUGCUUCGAGGAAGACCCAAACUCUACCCUGACAGGCAAAAACUCUGGAAUUUUUUUUAAAACAAACAAGAAGUUCGUCUUUCUCCUCAAUACCUGUUAUUCCAAGUGCCGGGAGUACAAUUUCUCGUUCGCUGCUGUCAAAAACACAAGGUAUUGUUCGUGUGGCAACUCGUUGGAGGGCUACACAGUGGCCAGCAACCAGAGGAAGUGCGACAAAAGUUGCGUCGACAGCCACAACCUCAAAUGUGGAGGGGUCAAUGCCUCGUCCAUCUACGCAAUUGAUCUUCCACAACGUUACGAGUUUGGUGAAGGUUACACCUACCUGAUGAACUGCUUGGAGAGUCAGUCCUUCGGUACCAACUUCGAAUGCAAGAACCGCAAGUGUGUCGAGGGCUGGAAAGGCGUAGCCUGCCAGGAAAGGACACCAUCAUCAUCAUCAUCAUUACUGUCGGCCACAGCUUGCGACAAAGGCGACGGUAACUGCAAAUCGCCACUUUUGACGUGCGCGAGUGCCAUGCUGGGAACGCGGAAUGUUAGCGAGUGCAUCUGCAGGGAUAACAAGGGAAUGCAAGCUGACCGGAAGUGCAAAGCCACAGAGGACAUAUACCUGCUGGUUGACACGACGAACAUUUUGAAGAGUACACUCUUCUACAUCAUCCUAAUCAGCAGUCUGCCACCGUGUCUGCUGCUUAUUUACGUCGCUAGGUGGCGAAUGAACGUCUGGAAGCAAAGGCGGGAAGAGAGAAGGGUUCAGAUGGAAGAGUUCAGACGGCUGAUGAUAAAUAGGAUAUCCUCUAUGAGAACCAGAAGAAGCUCCAACGGUAGCUCUUCUUACAACGGGACCAGAGAUUCAUCAAAUGACUGA